GUCAUAUCAUGAAAGCUGCUGAGCAUUACGAAGAGUUUUAUCAGCUAGCAGAGAGCUGGACAUGGAAGGAUGAGACAGGCUGUACUUACCAUUCACUGGCAUGUCAGCACCUCUGGAGAAUUUAUAUAUUACUAGCAGACAAAAUGCUAGAAGAUAAAGAAUACCAUCAGGCCAUCAAAACACUAAUAAAAGCUUUAAAAGUGGCUAAAGAAGGAGGUGAUAAGAAGAUGGAAGGAGAAGCUGCAUAUUGCUUAAGUCUAGCAUAUCAUUUUGCUGGAGAAGAGCAGAGAGCAUUAUCACUUUUGAACACCUCUGUAAAAAUCUUCACAGCACUUUGUGAUUCUUCUGGCCUAGGCAGAGCAUAUGCAGCUAUCACCAAGAUCUUGCUAAGCCAGGGAAAAGUAGAUGAAACUAUUAAACACUUGGAAGAGUUUCUGGAGGCUGCUGAGAAGACUCAUCUAAGCCAAAGCCUGGUGGACUCAUGUGUACUCCUUGGGAAUAUUUACAAUGAAAGAGGGAACUAUAAUGAAGCUUUUGAAUAUUUCAGUCAGGCUUUCGAGGCAGCAAAAACUUUAAACAAUUUGCCCUUAGUGGAUGAAAUAAAGGCUUACUGUGGCAUUGCAAAGGCUCAUAAACUGAUGGUGGCAUUUAGCAGACAUAUAGAAGCAGAAGAUCCCAUCAGCCUCAAGUACCUGCUGGCAUGGAAGGAGAAGAGAAGUGACAUGUGCACUGACCCUCUUCCAGUCG